GAAACGCGCGCGUUCCUUGCGUGAUCCUUGCGCGGACCCCGAAAUCCUUAACAAAGUGCAGCCAGCAAACCUAAACACGCCGGGAGUGCGCCCCCGCGACCAAUGCCUCGCCGCGCCGGUGCCAGCCCCAGCAGCAGCAGGCGGACGUGAUGGCCGGCAGCGAGCAGCAGCGCGACGCAAUGGCCCUCUUCGAGUUCGGCUAAGCCACAUCGCAUCUCGCAGUGAUCGCACACACGCAUUCCUCGCGCGCGUGCACAAAGACAAUGUCUCAGAAGGCAGCAAAGAUGUGCAAGUCGCCCAAGAAUCUCCUGCUCACUGAAAAGGUGAUCGAGUAUGAGCACCUCAACACCAACUGCACCAUUGUUGGCUCCAACAAUCUGCAUCUGGUGAAGAAGCCCAUCGUCACCAGCGUGUCGCCGGUCUACUCGAAUCCCUCGCCGGGGCCGUACAAGAGUCCUUCACCGCAGGCGAUGAAGCCGCCCACUCCACAACCAACCUAUCCAGUGAUGCAAAUAAUCAAUCCAGUGAUGGCAAGCCGCCAGAUACACCAGCAGGCGACGACGGCCAACGUCAUCAAGCUGAAACCGCCGCAGAAUAUUCUACCGAAGCCGGCGGCGGCCAGCGGAACCACAGCGCGACAAAGUCCGCGACCGGCGGCUGCAGCCAGUCCCGCGCAGAUACAAAUGCUCCCAACCAGCGGCGGUGCGCCGCAAGCGGCACUCAUGCAGCAGCAUCCGCUGCUACUGAAUCAGAUGCCAAUGCUGGCGACGGCGCCGGGCGUCCGGUUUAUUCUACAGCCGCAGACGGCGAAGAUCUCACCUCAGGUGCAGCAGGUACAGCAGGUUCAACAGGUGCAGCAGACGCCGCAGGGGCUGAUUUUACAGCCUGCCACCGGGCAGCAAUUGCUGCACUUGCAGCCGCCGCGCAGUCAACCCAUGGUGCGGGUGCUUACCAAUGGGGUCGGUAUUCCUGCAACGACUUAUGUCACACAAAUGGCACCAGUACAAAAUCUCCAAACGUCACUAUCUUCACCGCCGGUAGUGGUCUCACCCUCGCCUAAGAAGAGACCGCCGGCGAAGAAGAAGAAACAGAAACUAGAUCUCGCCAAUAUCAUGAAACUCUCGGGUAUUGGCGACGAUGACGAUGUCAUGUUUGAAUCGGACGCGUCGCAGAGUGAGAGCGAUGCGUCCACAUCAACGGCGACUACGCCGCAACCCGAGAAGAAACUCCCGGCGCCUCCGCAGAUGGUCAUCUCGCAACCGCAGCAGAUACCGCAGUCACAUCACCAGCCCGGGCACGCCGCGCCUAUUGUCCAGGUGCUGAAUCAAACAUUCCAGGCGCAGAACGCGCAGCAGACGCCGUUUGGCGGGUUUAGUAUUGCUGCGCCCAAUUUUACCCUCGGCACGAAUGGUUUAAUGGCGGUGCAACAACGCGCCAAUGGCGGUUUUAAACUGGCGCUAGGCGAAGAUGGCCGACUAGUGUUACAGCAUGAUCCUACGCUCAAUCAGGAUCUGCAAUCGCAGUUGCUUCUGCAGAGUAUUUUCGGCUUGAAUGGCGGGUGUGGUAGUCUAGUGCUGCAGCCGUCGAUUGAUCAACAGAUUCAUUCGCAGACUGUGCAGACGAUACAGCAGCAAAGCGUGCAGACUAUCCAGCAACAGACGGUGCAAUCGCAGACGAUUCAAACCGUACAGCAUCAGAUUGUCCAGCCGCAGAUACAGAGCAUACAGAGUCAACUCCAAGGGCAGAUUCAGAGUUUAUUGCAACAGCAGAAUAUCAUGCAGCAGCCGAAUCUCACACUGCAGGGACUCGCCCAGCAGCAGCAGCAGCAGCACUUGUUGCAACAGCAGAGUCAACAGGCGCAGUUGCAGAAAUUGGUGUCGGCUGCGCCUGCGGUUGUUGCCAAUAAUCUAUCAUCCACGGCACCGACGACAACCACCUCGAAUUUCACACCUUCUGCUAGUCCUGUAGGCAACGCGAGCAGUGCGAAUUGUCAAACGCAGUUUUUUCCCAGUUCACUACCAUCUACGUUGCCCACGGCGCCGCCGACAAGCGCCACAGGGCAACAACCAGUGCUGAAAGUACAACCGUUUCAGAAGAGUCAACCGCCAGUGCAAACUGUACACCCGAUUCAUCAUCAGGCGCAUCAGCAUCAUCAUCAACAGACUCCCACGCAGCCGCAACCACCACCACAACCGCAGCCACCUGCGCCUACUUCUUAUGUGGUAAAUUUAACACCGGAACAACUUGAACAACUGAAACGCAACGGGCAGUUGACCGUUAAUGGACAAACGAUAUUCAUGCAGCGACCUGCCAAGGAUAUCUCUGAGAAGAAGACCUCGCCCAAGAUAAAACCCAUCAAGAAACCAGUGAGUAAGAUCGCUGCGGUUGUCAAAGAGAUGUGUAAUCACAAUCCGGCGGUGGUCACCGCCCCGCCGAAUGUCGUGAUGAAGAGCGGGAAUAAUCUGGAUAAGAUUAUCAAUAGUGUGGCUGGUGCCGGCACUGAAACAAACAACGUACCUGUAAACGCAAAGAUUAAAACCGCGGCGAUUAUACAACCGUCGAUUGUUAUGCAAGCGCAGCCACAGCAACAACUGUCGACGCAGACGAAGCUGGUGACGGCUGUCGCGCCUGCCAAUGCUGUUUCCAGGGUGAUGAUUAGCCCGCGGUGUAUACCCGCAACAACAACCACGCAUAAUAUUAACAAUCUAGGCAGUAUGGCGUCGACGCCGUCGGGGAUGGUUGUCACACCGAUUACGCCAAUCACACCAGCGACUUCUAUCCAGCAUAUUGUUGUUUCUUCGGGGAUGUCGUUGAUUUCAGCGGUGCCGAGUGUUUCGGUUACGAUGACUACAAUGGCGCCAUCGGUGGUUACUAGUAGGAUGAGUGUUACUCCAGCGGCGUCUAUGCCUGGGUUGACUAUGGUGCAUUCUACACCUGCGUCUACUGCACAGGUUGUGAAUAAACAACAACAACCUGAGGUGGUUGUUAAAAUGGAUCAACAGCAGAAUCCCGACGUGGAGAGGUUUUUAGGCCAGUUGAUGGAGGAAACACAACUGCAACAGGCGAAACCUGUGGUGAAACUGCAGAAACAAGUGCAACCCGUGCAGAUGCAGAUGCAAAUGCAGUUGAUUCAGGAAGAACAACCACAAGUGCAGCAACAACAGCCGCCGGCAACAACGAAAAAGUUGCAGAUUACUUCGAAUCAACUUAUUCAACCAUCGCAAGCUGUGCAGGCAGCGCAAGCAGCUCAGGCAACGCAACCUACACCUACACCCGCACCUGCUAAUAUUCAAACCAGUCAGUCUAUGAUUGUUUCCUCCUCGUUGCCACUUCCACAAAUACCACCUAGUAAUCAGGGACAACGCAUUAUGAUCCAACUAACACCCCAGAAACAACAGCACCUGAAGAGUAUACAACUGCAGAUUCAGACGUUAUCGACGCGUAUGCAACCGGGGAAUGUGGAGACGCAGAAUGCGUUGAAGUUGUUGUUUCAGGAGCAGCAGAAUAUACUCGCCAGCGGCAAGCUGCUGCCGCCCGAUAAAGUAUUCUAUCACGGCAAUCAGAUUAUCGUCAAUAAUUCCAGCAUGGUGAAGAAUGAGGUGCUUAGUCCACCGAUUAAGAAUCAAACGCAGGCACAGGCGCAGAAUGCAACCAGCAGUGCACCAGAGAUUAAACCACCUGUUUUGAUUCAGCCCAAGAUUGAUAUUGGUACAAGUUCUAUUCCAACUACAACGAUUUUAACGGCUGCUUCGUCGUCUUCUGCGGCGUCUUCAACGGUUGUUACAACUUCCAGUGUGAAUGUGGUUGCAACUGCAACGGUUACCGCCGGACAGAGUCAAGUACAAACGCAGGCUCAGGCUGCUCAGUCGAGUGCGCAGGCGAAUAAACUGACGCUGUACAAGCGUUCGCAAUUAAUCGAGCAACAAAUGAAUACGGACCAGAAUGGUGCGAUUAAGCCGGACAUUCACACUCCUUUCAGGGACAAGGCGGACGCGUGCAAGCGCCUCAUUCGCUACCACUGCUUCGAGCAGCCGGUGCUCAGCGAGAAGGAUCUCUCCAAGGCGGACGAGAUUUUCGAGCUUACGGCGCGCCACUUCAUUGGCAAGUUUGGGCGCAUGGUCGACAAGUAUCGCUUCUUGCUGCACAAGGAGAGUCAACGUCAUGUACAAACAUCCGAGCUAAUGAUGUUGGAUAGAAUGUUUCUCAGCGAAGAACAACAGUCGCUGAUUAAAUUACGCCAGGAGAUUGAUGAAUUGCAAGCGAUGCAACAACAACAGCAGGAAAUGCAGCCGGAGAUGAACGCGGAGGAUUAUGAUGAGUGGGCUUGUAUUCAACGCGAGUUGGGUUGUCUACCCGAUGGUACUUCUGCAGUUGAUACCAGUAUACCAACUGUUUCCGUUGCAAAUUCACAAGUCAUCACAAGCUGCGCGCCUGUGGUGUCUACGUCCAACUGCACACCGACAACGUCCACCAUUACAACAUCUUCUAAUACCAUAGCAACAUCCAAACGGCCUGCAUCCAUCGUACAUCAACAAGAAAAAGUUGAGACGAAAAAGCAGCGUAUGGAGAAAACCUCCAGGGUAGUAGCUGUAGGCAAUCAGAAUGGCUUACAAUCAGCGGAAGCAACGCGUUUUGUUCUUAAAUCUUCAUCGCUGACGAAUAUCAACGGGACAGAGCAACAGACGCGUCCCAAUAUGCAUAAUUUACAACAGGUGAAUGUGAAUUUCAAUGCGACGCAACAGCCACAGCAGCAACGGUUUAAUAUCCAACAGCAGCAGCAGCAGCAACAACAGUACACACAUGUAGCCAACUAUCAACAGCAGUUGAACAACGCCGCCAGCGGUAUGAAUCUGAACAACUACAAUUGCAGCAUGACGUCGGCGAUGUCCUCGUCCGGAUCGUCGGCGUCGACGCGCAGCAACAACGAGGAGAACGACAGCAUCGACGAGCAGGUGCAGUCCGCCAUUGAUUCCAUCCUUAAUCUGCAGCAGAACAAUCUCGACCUGGACGAGACGAUGCAGAAUAUGCUCUCGUGACGUUAGAAAUGCGCGCGCCGGACGACGAGUUGUACAUAAACUUAGGGAAUUUUAGCACAAACACACACACCCAACUACACCCAUCAAUCACCAGUACCCUCCCAGUUGCACAUAACCUCAUUCAUGUGCUAUGUGCAGAUUGGGAAUCCCCCCAUUACAAUUAGCUUUAAUACUGUACGUGUACAUAAAUCGAUGUUUCUUGGGCGGCUACUAUUACUUAUUAUUCAUCAUCUGAUCUGAUCAUCGAGCGAGGCAUUAAUUAGUCGUUUAAUUUGCGCUAAAUUAAGAGUAAAUGAAUUAAAAAAUGAAGAAGAAGAAGAAAACACACACACACACACGAGUGAGAGACGAAUGCGCGCGUCGUGGACUGGUGUAGAAUUACUAUAUUUAAGCAUUAAUUAACAUACUUUGUGUGAUCUUAGCUCCUAAUUGACAAUUAACGAUUGACUAAUUUAUAUACAUAGCGAUAAGAGAUAUCCAUCCUAGGUUGUAACACAUACACACACACACGCGAGCAGCGGAACGCAAACGCGCAGGCCUACUACGAUGAACGUGAACGCGAAAAGCGAUGCGAAAUUGUGUUGAUUGAUUAUUGUAAAUUGUAUAUACUACUACUACUUCUACUAGUACUUGUUUGUGGAAUUUUGCUCAAGUGGCAGGCGGGCGGACGGGCGGCGUCUUCGUUUAUUUAACAAUUUAUUUAUUCGACUAAUUUAUGAAGAAGAUGGAGGUGGGAGAUGAUGGCAGCAACGAGCAUCGCGUACUUAUUUCGUUUUACUCUGUGACUAAAAUUGUUUAUUGUUUUUUUUUUUUGAGAUGGAAUUCGUUUAAGACUGAUUUGUAAAGAGAAAGUGUAACAAUGUAAAACACAUCCACACACGACAAACAUCACAUUGAGAUCUACAUAUAUACACACACGCGUUUCUUUUGGGCCGACAAAUGAUGUGGACAAUGUUUUUAGUUCCUAAACUUUGGAAGAAAUAGAUUAUCGAGAAUUA